AAGACUACUGAAUCGCUCACUCAGCUUUAACAAACAAUUGCGAAGUUUCAGAGAAAGAUGCCUCGGUCCUUCUUUGUGGAUUCUUUGAUUCUGAGGGAAAACAACGAAAAAAAGAGUGACAUUGCAUCGCCUCUGUUCCCGUACGCAGUGCAUCCUUCACACCCUCUGCAUACCCUGUCGGCCAACUCAUGCCACUCUCGGAAGUCAGGUCUCUUGUGCGUGUGUCCCCUGUGUGUCACUGCUACUCAGCUGCAUCCCUCUCCUCCAGCCAUCCCUCUUCUGAAGGCCUCUUUUCCAACUUUCGGCUCCCAAUAUUGCCACUCUAUAAGCAGACAGCAUACUACGUCCACAGGAGUCAGUAUGACUCAUGGUCCGAGUAUCUACCAGACAGCUUAUUCACUUCCAGACCCAAGACAGUUCCCCUGCAUAUCUGUUGAUAGCAACUCCAGCCAGUUACACAGUAGCAAACGGAUGCGCACAGCCUUCACCAGCACUCAACUUCUAGAGCUUGAGAGGGAGUUUGCCUCUAAUAUGUACCUGUCCCGACUUCGACGCAUCGAAAUUGCCACUUACCUCAACCUUUCAGAAAAGCAAGUAAAAAUCUGGUUCCAGAACAGAAGAGUCAAGCAUAAGAAAGAAGGCAAAAGUAAUUCGCACAGGGGAGGCUCCCACCUCUGCAAGUGCACUUCUGUGUCGUCAGCCAGAUGUUCUGAGGAAGAGGAAGAUUUACCAAUGUCACCAUCCUCUUCUGGUAAGGACGAUGGAGAUCUGGUUGUCAGUCCUUGAAGCACACAGACAGCCCGUUUUAAUACAAAGGACUAACUCUCCAGAACUUUUAAGAGGAUUUGCUUGCAUAUUUUAUCUAAAACAGAAAUUAUAUGUAAAGAUUGUUGAUGUUUGUAUAUACUGUAUAUGUAAUGUACAGAUGAACUGAAUUUAUAUAUUUGCAAAUGAACCUAAAUGAACAAACCAAUACAAAUCAAAGUAAUCAUACAGGAAACAUUGCACUUCUCUAAACGCAAAACUGAAGCAUUGCUUUCAUCUAUCAGAAUGAGAUUCUUUAAACUAUGACCUGACAAAAAAGUAACACACCCUCGCUGCUUUUUCCUGCUGUUACACUGUUUAUUUUACUGUGACUCUACAAAAAAUAUAUUUUCCAGAAGAAUGUGAAGUAUUUUGUAUCAAUAGUAAAAAAAAAAACUACCACCUUUAAGUAUAAAAGCUGCCCCUCCGAGUAGGAGAAAUGAGAUCACAGUUGUGGUCUAUAUAGUACUGACAAGUAAAU